GCCAUCAGGUCAGCCAUGCAAGAGCUACUCAUUCUCACCUUGAUGCUCCUCCUCGUCGUCAUGCUCGUCCUGCGGCAUGCCUCGGUCUACACGCGCCUCGCCGCCAGCGUCAAGUCGGCUUUAGCACGCCGGCUCCGGCAGCCAGCCGUCGUAAUCAAGGACCGAGCGGCAGCGCACCGCCUUCUCGUCCGUGGCUGCACCGGCGGCUCCUUCUCCAACCGCCCGCCAUCCCUGGUGCCAACCUCCGUCGUCUCGCACCUUCGCCACCACAACCUAACCUCGGUGCCAUACGGCCCCUUCUGGUGCGUCACCCGCCGCAACCUCACUUCCGGCGUCUUCCACCCGUUGCGCCUCCACCGCUAUGCUGCCGCCCGGCGCGACGCGCUGUGCGGUCUCAUCGCGGACCUCAAGGAGCAGUGCACGUCCAACCCCGACGGCCUAGUCCUCGCGGCUGAGAGCAUCCGCAAUGCCAUGUUCGGCCUGCUGGCCACCAUGUGCUUCGGCGACGGCGUAGACAAGGGCCUCAUCCGCGCGAUGGCGGACGCCCAGCUCGAGUUCGUCCAAAUCUUCCCUCAGCUGCGCGUCUUCGCGAGGCUACCGGCGGUGGCUAGGCUAAUCCACCGCAAACGGUGGAGCAAGCUAGUCGCACUACGGCGGAAGCAGGAGGAGAUGUACCUCCCGCUCAUCCACGCCCGCCGCAACCGGCCACGCCACUCCGGCGAGCUGCCGGCGUAUGUGGACACGCUCAUCGACCUCUGGGUCCCUGACGACCACAACGCCUAUGGCAGAAACGCUGGAAAGCGAAGGCGGCAGCGCAGGUUCACCGACGGCGAACUCGUGGGCAUGUGCGCCGAGUUCGUUGGUGCAGGAACUGAAACUGUUGCCGCGGAGCUGCAGUGGAUGAUGGCGAACCUGGUGAAACACCCACAAAUGCAAGCGGCUGUCCGGAGCGAGAUCGAUGCUGCUGUGGACGCGGACGCGGAGGAGGUGGGCGAGCAGGUUCUUGGGAAGCUAGAGUACCUUAACGCUGUUAUCAUGGAGGUGCUCCGCCUAUACCCCACGGUGACGUUGGUGGUCAGGCAGGUAUCGGAAGAAGACGACGUCGUUCAUGAUGGCCGACGUAUUCCAGCGGGCACCAAUGUGCUCUUCCCGCCGGAGUCUUUAGCCCGAGACAGGACGGCGUGGGCUAACCCGGAUGAGUUCAGGCCAGAACGGUUCCUCGCAUGUAGAGGCGGGGAAAACAUGAACCUUAUUGCGGCGGCAGGAGGCGGCGGUGGGGAGAUCAGGAUGAUGCCGUUCGGUACCGGCCGAAGGGGAUGCCCCGGCAUGGGCGUCGCCAUGCUCCACAUGGGUUACUUCAUGGCCAAUCUCGUGAAGGAGUUUGAGUGGAGGGAGGCCGAGGGGGGGCUGGCUGUGGAUCUCCGCCAGCAUUUCGGAUUCUUCACCGUCAUGAAGCGCCCGUUGCAUGCUCACCUAGUGAGCACACAACUUGAGGGGCCCCUAAGGAAGAUAGGCUGAAAGGAGUUAGUAAUAAUUACCGGUGUGACUAGUGCUCAGUUUACUUGCGGUAGGCCCAAUCUUCUUUCGCCUAGUCCAGAGUGCCUUUGUUAUCUUUUCGGUACUGCUAAAAAUCAGUCGACGGGCUAGCCGUUUGAUUUUUAGCAGCUUGUAGAUUCGAGCUGGGAGUGCUUUGUCCCUGUUUCGGCCUGUCUAAGACGUGGACCGGCUCACUUUAUUUUCUCCCUGUCAAACCCGUGAUCCCCUGUGCGAGCGCUGCUGAUGGGCUGGGGCUAUGCUGUGUUCCAGUGUUUCUUUUCUGUGUUUGUUUUUGGGCCGCAUUAAAGUGAAG